GACGCCUCUCCAUGCCACAGUGUCAGUGUGAGCCACAGCCACACCCUGAGGUUCCGAGGGACCAGGAGUGGGCCAGAGAUGGCAGAGGACCAGCCAGCCAGCAGGGAGGGCAGUGUGAAGACUGUGAGAUGUGUCUGUGGUGUAGGGGAGUCCAACACAGUCCUCAUAACACCAGUGUAGGACUGGAGACUCUCUCAGACAUUAAUGAGAGGCUUCAGCGUUCGCUACAGGGCAUCAUUGAUUGGCUAUCUGUGAAGGAUGAGGAGCUAUCUGACAGUUUGCCUUUACAUGGCGAUAUAACAAGCUACAAGCAUCAGAGUGAGGUACAUCAGGUUUUCGUUGAGGAUUUAAAGUCUCGGGGACCCUUUAUUUACUCGGUGUUGGAGUCCGCUCAGGCCUUUCUGUCACAAUGGGCCACUGUGGAUCCAGAUGACAGCAAAGACGUGAGUACUCGGCAGCAGAGUGUCAGUCGCUGGGUGUUGAGGCAGGCCGCAGUGGCCGGAGACCUGUGGGAGAGUGUGAUGUCACGCAGUGUUCAGCGCCACAAACACAUGCAGUGUACUCUGGAGCGCCUCACAGAGCUACAGGGGGCUGUGGAGGAGCUGUGCCUGGACAUAGAGCAGGCUGAGGGGGUGCAGGAGGCCUGGGGGCCCAUAGGAUACCUCCUCAUUGACUCACUGCAGGACCACAUCGACGCCACCAAGUUGUUCCAGGAGGAGCUGACUCAGGGUCAGGAGGGCAUGAAGCAUGUCAACCAGCUAGUCCACCAGCUGACCAUCUCCAGUGUCCCCCUAUCAGAGGACAACACCCAGGGUCUGCAGCAACUCAACACCAGGUGGAAACUGCUGGAGGAGUCCACUGAGAAGAGGCUGAGGCAUCUGCAGGAUGCCCACAGAGACUUUGGGCCCAGGUCCCAGCAUUUCCUCUCUGGUUCAGUGCAGAUUCCAUGGGAACGUGCCAUAUCGCCCAACAAAGUGCCAUACUACAUUAACCAUCAAACCCAGACCACUUGUUGGGAUCAUCCACAAAUGAAAGAGCUCUACCAGGCACUUGCUGAUCUGAACAAUAUCAGGUUCUCUGCCUACCGAACAGCCAUGAAGCUGCGACGUGUACAACAGGCCUUGAGAUUGGACAAGCUGAGCCUUGGCUGUGUGGCAGCGGUUUUCCAGGGCCUGGGGUCGGGGUACGAUGACCCCGUGGUGGAAGCUGUUGAGGUUAUGGAUGUGCUGGAGGUCAUCCAUGCUCUGACCAGCCUGUACGAGCAGCUGAAGGAGAAACAUGGCGUCUUGCUCAACAUCCCGCUCUGUGUGGACAUGUGUCUCAACUGGCUGCUCAACGUAUACGACAGUGGCCGUAAUGGGCAGGUGAGAAUCCUAUCCUUCAAGACAGGACUGGUGUGUCUAUGCAAUGCUGACAUUCAGGAGAAAUGCAAAUAUCUGUUCUGGCAGGUGUCUGGGCCUGGUGGAUGUGCUGACCAGCAGCACCUCAAUGCCCUGCUUCAGGAGAUAAUCCAGAUCCCAUGGCAGCUAGGAGAGGUGGCUGCCUUUGGAGGGAGCAAUGUGGAGCCAAGCGUGGCCAGCUGCUUUCGCAUGGCUCCUGGGAAGUCCUCCAUCCAGCUGUCCAACUUCCUGGAGUGGAUGAGCCUGGAGCCCCAGUCCAUUGUGUGGCUGCCCGUGCUGCAGCGAGUGGUCCAGGCAGAGAACGCCCAACACCAGGCCAAGUGCUCCAUCUGCAAACAGUGUCCCAUCAAAGGCUUCAGAUACAGAAGCCUCAAGCAGUUCAAUGUGGACAUUUGUCAGAGCUGCUUCCUGUCCGGACGUACUACCAAGGCCAAAGCUUUAAUUUACCCCAUCAUGGAGUAUUACACCCCAACCACUUCAGGGGAGAGGAUGCGUGAUUUUGCCAAAACACUGAAGAACAAGUUCAGAUCAAAGCAGUACUUCAGCAAGCAUCCCCAGAGGGGCUACCUGCCUGUACAGUCUGUCUUGAGGUCAGGGAGUGAGGAGACGCCCAGCUCGUCCCCGAGGCUUCCCCACUCGGACACACACUCCAGGAUUGAGCACUAUGCCUGCAGGGAUGAGGAUCAGUAUCUUGACCGCCUGGAGCAGGACUCCCUGGCCUCCUGUCAUCAUUACCUGGGUUAUACAGGCUGUGAGACCCAGGAUGAGCUGCAGAGGACUCUGGCCAUGCUGGAGAACGAGAACAGGGUGCUCCAGGGGGAGUACCGACGUCUGAAGUGGCAGCACGCUGAGGCCCAGGCAUGUCCACACCUGAGGGAGGGCUCUGUGGACCAGGAGGACUACCAGGACCAGGCCUUGCUGGCUGAGGCCAAAGACCUGAGGCACCAUAAGGGCAGGCUGGAAACCCGCAUGCAGAUCCUGGAGGACCACAACAAGGAGCUAGAGUCCCAGCUUCACCGGCUCAGGGAGAUUCUACAACAGAACAGAGAGGGUUCAGAGGACAAUGUAUCGACUGGAACACCGUCAUCUGUGUACUCUCCUGUGUCACGAAGAGACCAGCUGGGGAGACAGCUAAGCUCAGGAGCCUCCAACACAGAACCCCCAGGGCCGGCCUUGGAGCCAGAGCAGGGUGUUACAGCCUAUCACCUUCAACAGGUCAUAGAGCAACUGAAGAACGUCUUCCCCUUAGAGACCAGAGAGAACGGUGUUGCAUCACCUUUUUGACUUGUUUGCCAUUCCAGAGACCAGACUGUGAACCUAACAACACCUAUCGUUAACGGAUAGCCUUCAAGAUACCUCUCACUAUGAUCAAGCACAUAUCACUACUGAGAUCCAUGUGUGUUUUAUCCAGCUUAAUACACAUUGAAAUGAACAAACAGGCUGAUAAUGAAUACGUUUUACAAAAUAAGUGUACAUUAUGGAUGUCCAGUGGCCAAAUGUACUACUGGAUGGAAAUAUGAUGUGUUUUAUGGUGUCAGGUCCAUCUUUGUCAAUGUGUAAUAUUUCAUGUUGAUAUUUUUACAUUUUCAAGAAUUAAUCAAUUCAUAAUUCAA